GUUGUUUUCAGGUUGUGUUUUGGCGACCUCGUCGCACACGACAGCCAUGUCCUGGGUCAUGGGCACCGCUGCUGCCAUCGUCCUGAUGGCGUGCGGCGCGAUGGCCGCCGGAGCCGCGGCGGCCGCGUUCCUCGCCACGCUAAGGGCGCUGCGGCGGUCGGUGGCGCGGGAGGCGUUGCUGCGGGCGAGCCUCGUGAGGCACAAGGAGGCGCCGCAGCAGGCGGAACGGAAGAGCCUCAACAAGACCAGCGCGUUCGCCGGCGCCAGCCACGACAUCAGGUCGGCGCUGGCGGCGAUCACGGGGCUGGUGGACGUGUCCCGGGUGGAGGCACGGGCGCACCCGCAGAUCACGCGUAACCUUGAGCAGAUGGAUGUCUGCACAAAGAAGCUGCUCGAGAUACUUAACUCGAUACUAGAUACAAGCAAGGUUGAAUCAGGAAAGAUGCAGCUUGACGAGGUUGAGUUCAACCUAGCAGACGUUUUGGAAGAAUCCAUGGACAUGAUCAACAUAGUAGGCAUUAGCAAAGGGCUGGAAGUGGUCUGGGAUCCCUGUGAUUUUUCCAUCCUCAAAUGUGGAGAUGUGAUAGGAGACUGCAGGAGACUCAAGCAGAUACUGGAUAACGUACUCGGCAAUUCUGUGAAGUUCACUCAAGAAGGGCAUAUCAUUCUUCGUGCUUGGGCAAACAGGCCCAUUACAAGAAGCUCAACCAUUGUUCCUUCGAGAUUUGGCUGUUUAAGACCCGGUGCCAAUUUCUUAUGUUUCUUCAAAACAAGAGAACAUCACGAUGAUUGUCAUCCGUUCAGUUUGGUUCAAAAUGAUCCCAACUCGAUUGAGUUCUACUUUGAAGUGGAUGAUACUGGCAUUGGAAUCCCAAAGGAAAAGAGAGAGCUGGUGUUUGAGGACUAUGUUCAAAUUAAAGAAGGGCAAGGAGGAACUGGCUUGGGGCUUGGAAUUGUUCAGUCUUUUGUUCGUUUGAUGGGAGGUGAGAUUAGCAUCAAGGACAAAGAGCCUGGUAAAAUCGGAACCUGUGUUGGGUUCAAUGUGCUCAUGAAGCUGGAUGGAGCCCAUGAACAACAUGACAUAGAAGAAGGCAGUUCAAUCCCAUCGACAGAAACAAGCGAAAGCCGCAUCCGAGCCUCAGCCUUCAGAGAAGCUAAUAGCUUUGAUGGUGUCCACUGUGUGCUUCUUGUUCAUGGUGGUGAAACACGAAGAAUCCUGCGAGCUUGGAUGGAAAACCUUGGGAUUGAAGUCUGCCUAGUACCACAACUCGAGUUCCUUGCUGCUGCCGUUGAGAAGUUGUGCCAUGCUGACACUUCUCCUGCAAGGACAUCAUCAGACAGUUUUGAAUGUCGCACGGACUACUGUUUCAGGCCCAGAGAUAGGGUUGUCCAAAUACUGCCCGUUGCACUGAAUAAUAGCAAUAGCGUCCAAAGAGGCACAUUUGGAGGAGUGCUAGUUGUCAUUGACGCACACUAUGGAAAAAUGGAGGACAUGUGCACAGAGAUGAGCUUUGCUAAAGUUAAAAAUCAAAUUCCAUGCAAAGUUGUUUGUCUUGCAGAUGCGAAUACCUCUUCAAAUGACUUGAGACAGUUCAGGCACAGUACAUGCUGUGAUCUUAUCCUGCAAAAACCAAUCCACGGGUCCCGGUUACACGCUCUCUUGAAGAUCCUGAUGGACCUGCAGAUGCCGCACGCCCAAAACUCAUCUCAUGUUAGUCCUGAUGACAACACUGAUACCGGCACUCCAGGAGGAUCAUCAGGAGCUGGCAAAUCAGCCAUGAUCACGCAUACGGCUUCAGAACCAAGACUGGAAGACGAUAAACCCUUGACUGGAACACAUGUAUUGUUAGUGGAGGACACUCUGACUUUGCAGACUAUUGGGAAGAAGAUACUGUAUCAGCUAGGAGCAACUGUUGAAGUGGCAGAGGAUGGAGCCAAAGCUGUCAGCAUGUUUGAAGCUGCUCUUGAACAAGCCGCAGCUGGCUCGGAAAAGGAUGCAACAUCCACUCCCUAUGAUGUCAUCCUCAUGGAUUGCCAGAUGCCCGUGAUGGACGGCUACGAAGCGACAAGGCGCAUCCGUGAGGUGGAGAACCGCUACGGGAUCCACACUCGGAUCAUCGCCUUGACCGCGCACGCCAUGGAAGAGGAGACGCGGAAGACCAUCCUCGCCGGGAUGGACCUUCAUCUGACCAAACCCAUGGAACGCAGGAGCAUAGCAGAAGCGAUCCGCCGCGUGCGCGGAGGCCAGGGAUAGGGUCUCCGCCAUGUCGUUGCAUCGACCUGGGAACUGAGAUUGCUGCCAGCUUGCCGCUGCCCAGUGGCAAUCUUCUUGGCUCUUGGCUACAGACAAGAGUUAAGAACUUUUUUUCUAUUGGGACACUUGGUGGUGUGCGACUGGUGAUCGGUAGGUUGCGUGAUCAACGAUCACGGCAGGACUUAUCGCGGGGGAUAGUUUCCUGAUAUCUGAAAAUAUCGGCUGCGGAGAUAACAGGUUUUGACCUUUGUUGCA